AUGUCGGCUUGUGGAUACAUGGCGGGGGGAUAUAUGAUAGGCAACGGGUCAGAGUAUUUUGGAGACUGGCCCCGAUUUGAAGGAUAUCUUGUUCUCUUACUAGCCAGAUAUCUCUACGAAGAGAAUGUCCUACCCAUGCCGGGUGCCUUGAUGGUUUUUUCGCCUUGGAUGGAUAUGGAUAGGGAUCCAAAGGAAUCUUAUACUGGUUAUCCCCAAAAUUUCACUUCCAUUGGCGAUGCCGAGGCCUACCAAAGAGAGUGCGAACAACUUGGCGAGCAGAUGAGAAGCGGAGGUGUCGACGUAACACUCGAUGUACAGACGGAUGCUGUACCGAUGUCUUCGGAAUGGCGCUAUCUGUCAUUUCGUCGUGGCUCGAUGAGCACGCUGCUACCACUGAGAACAUGUGAGGGCUCCAUUGCUUUCACACGCGUUAUUCAACAGUCCAGUUACUACAAGGUUGUCGUCCUUAUUAAAAACAGUGCCGCGACAGCCCACCACCAUGGGGAUAAUCAGGGUGCGAGCACGAAGGAAGACGUUGAUGGGAUACCUGGAGACCCGGAGAAAUGGGCUCUCCUGGCUAAGGACGUGAUCAUCGGAUGUUAG